AUGUUCUACAAAACCAUCCUAAAUCUAGUAGUGGGCCUUAUCCCAGCAGGCUUAAUAACCCAUAUAGCAUUGAAAUAUCUCCUGGGAUUAUCAAUCAUUUUCUUCAAUCCUUUCAAUUUGAAAUUACAUUCUAUAAAAUAUAAAUCCAAAUUCCAUAUCAAUUCGAUAAGAUUGGCCGUUUUCCAAAAGACGCUUUUCAUCAAUGGCUUUGAUCUUCAAAAAAAGCCAAUCUCUUCUUCUUCCCCUGUUAAUACUACCACUGCUAAGGAGAAAGACUUUCGGACUAAUAAAUCUCGGAAACAAGUGCCCGCGUUACCUGCUUGGCUCUGUUCCUUUCUAUUGAAAUAUUUGCAUGGGUAUAAGAUCGUAUUACAAAAUACUUGUUUAAAGGGCGAAAAUUUAUCUAUAGAAUCUGUUUUAAUACGAUUGAGUACCAUUGAUUUAAUCAAAUUAGAAUUGUCAGUGGAAAAUAUUUCUCUAAAAGAUAAUCCAAUAUGUACUGAUAUUACCGUUUUCAUUCAAUCUCAAUUGGAUUUGCAAUCUAAGUCGGUUUCUCCUUUUAAAAACAUAAAUAUAGAUACAAAACUGGGUAAUUUAAAUAUACCAUACCCAUUGCUAGCCGCUAACUCGUCAAAACAAUCUUCUUCGAAACAACAACAACAACAACAGCAGCAGCAGCAGCAGCAGCAGCAGCCCACGCCUAAGUUACCUUCACAAUGGAAUUUUAUUAAUGAAUUUUUGGAAUUCCAUUUGACAAUCGAUAAACUUUCCAUCACAAAUAUUCAUACGUCGAAAAACCCUAAAUUGAAUGAAUUGAAUGAGAUUGUCAAUUUCACUUUCAAAAUAUCAGAUUUUAACUGUGAUUUGUUGAAAUUUAAUCACAAUUCUCCAGGCUAUAAACUAUGGUAUUCCCAUGAUUCAAAUAUAAUAGAUCCUUUCAAAUUCAACACUUCAUUAUCAAGAUUGUCCUUACAUAUGAAUACUCCCACACAAGGUAAUAAAUUCUUGGAAUUACCAUCCAUGUGCGUUUUCGGUCAUACAAAUAUUUUAAAUCAACUAAUAAUACAUAAUAAUAAUCAUGCCUCCCCUAUACAGAAUUCAAUUAUGAGAGCAAAAUGUGAAAUCUUAUCCCCCACAAUAGAAUUCGAUAUCGAGAAUUUGGCUCUAUUGAAUUGUUUCCACAAGAAUUUAAAAAUGUUUAAUACAAUCUUUAUAGAUCCAAAAUUGUUACUUUCUUCGCCCCCUACAUCCUCUUCCAAUGACAACAAUUCCAGUGCAAUUGAGUUCUUAAACAAGUAUAAACCCAAAAUAGAUGUGGAAAUUGCAUUGAAGGAUUUCAAAUUCUUAUUGAUAGAUUCUAACGAUAUCUUGUAUUUCAAUUUAUCUGAAUUAAUGCUAUUCUAUAAAUCUAAAUUGUUUUCCAAUUUUAUCGAUUCCAUUGAACGGUACACUAUCAAUUUAGGUGUCGAUAUUUUAAACAUUCUCAUACAACAUAGGAUUUAUAAAGAAAAUUUUAGAAAUACUCUCUUUAGUUUGGAUUCCCUACAUUUGGAUCAAUUCAAUCAACUCAUCCCCAUACCAGAAUCUUCUUUAAAUUCUUCCAUCACAAAUAUAGGUCUAGAUCUCUCCGAUUUGAAAUCAAUGGUAAUGUUAAGUAGAUUAUUAAACAUCUUAGAUCAAAAUAUUAUGAAUUUCGAAAAAAUUUAUUUCUUACAUCUUUUUGAACGAUUCUCUACUGAAUUAUCAAUGACUUCGUAUCAAUGUAAUUUAUUAGGUCAUGAUAAUGAAACAAAAUUUGUAAGACCAACAAUGAAAAUAGAUGACAUUUUAUUCCAAGAUUUACCAUAUCAUUUUAAAUCUAUAAAUUUGGAUUUAAAUAAUAUCGUAAUCAUGUUGGGGGCUCGUUCUGUGUUUAUGCCACCUGAAAUUUUCCAAAAUUUAAAUUCACAAAGUCCCAAAGAUUUCGUUGGUGAUAAAUUAAGAAAAUAUUGUUUAAAGAUUGAUUCUUCAAAUUUAACCAUCUUAAAUACAAAUAAACAUCAGCCCACAAAUUCAAAUAAUUUUCCCUCCCCUUCGCCCUCUUCUACUUCUUUAGAAUUCCAAGAUUUGGAUUACUUAUCCACAGAACAACCUUGUUAUCAAUUUUGGUCAAUGGAAUUCCAAAUUAAUAAAAUCUUGGCCACUGUAGUUUAUGAAAAAUCAAUAAAAUCAAAUAAAUUAUCUCAUAAAUUGAUUUCUGAUAUAUCAAAUUUUUCACUAAACAUUUUCCCAGAAAUCAAAACUCCAAAUACUAUACUAGAUACAACUUCAUCAUUUGAACAAAAUAUUUCCGCUUCUGUUGAUUCUACACUUUCUCAAGAUUCAUUAAAUAGUAGCAACACAUCCCCUUUGACCCCUCCUUCCCCUUCGCCUGUCCCCACCACCUCCCCUCCAUCUUCUUCCUCCCCUGCCCUACCAAUAAAAAAAAUUAUUGUCCAAAUUAAUAAUGAAAAGAUAGAUUCCAUUUUAAGUUUAAUGAACAUUUUCUUAAUGAUAUCAGGUAUACAUACUUUCCAACAAAUCUUUGGUGUUUAUUAUACUUCUAAAAAUUUUGAGUCAACUGCCAAGAAAUAUUUGAAAAAUAUUAAAAAAUUUAAAAAAAAAACACAAGUAUAUUCUAUUGAUUGGUCAAAUUUGAAAAAUUUAAUUGAAAUUUAUUGUUCUUUGAAUUUAUCCACUCAAAUUCUACCAUUACCAAAUGGAUUAAAGACAAAAUUAGAUUUCGUCUCUACAAAAAUAUCAAUUUUAAAUUUAAAUGAAAUUAAUAUUUCCAAUGAAUAUUGUCGAUUAUGUGUAGAAUCACCCAUAGUGAAGAACCUUUGGUCAAGAAUGAUUAAUAUCGUUAGAUUCCAAAUCUCAAUAAACUUGGCAGAUUUGAAAAAACAAUUGAAAAUGGAAUACGACGAAUUGAUAGGUUUGGAUCCAUCAAUCAUUUUACAGAAUGAAACUUGGCAUUUCACUGUACCUUUCAAAUUCGAAAUGUAUAGACUAUUGGAUAAUUUUACUACAGUCUUUAAAUCAUUAAAACAAAUGAUUUAUUCCUUUAAGACUUUAAAAAAUAAUUUAAUCAUUUUCCCACACCCUGUUAAAUUAUUAUCUUUCCCCAAAAUUAAAUUGAAAUCUAAAAGAUAUAUCUUUAGCAUUGAAGAUGAUCCUUUAGAAGCUGAAUUAAAUAUGGUUUUCCAAAUUGGGUUAGAGGAACAGAAGGCAAGAUUAGCAAAGAUUAAAGAAUUUAAUAUUUCUACUGCAGAAACUAUACCUGCCGUUAAUGAUCCAAAACGUUCCAAACGUAAAAACCAUGUAGAUUUUUUUUCCAAAAUUUCUACUUUAAAACAUAGAUUAACUAUUCCAAUUUUUAAAAGUAGUAAUAAUAAUACCACUAAUAAGAAUCAUCAACCUUUGGUGAAAAGUCCAUUGGCAAACGAUGAAAAUUAUUCCAUUAAUGAAAGUAUAUCAAUUAAUUUUAUCACCCAAGAGCAUCAUCGUGCUUAUGAUAAAUUGUUAGAAAAUAUGUCCACUUCUUGGAUUAGAAGAGUUAAGACUUACCGUAGAAAGGAGGUUAAAGAGUUUUCUGAUAGAUUCUCUUAUAUUUGGGGAAAUAUAGAUUAUUCAACUAUUCCUAAAGAUUUCAUUUCCAAAAUACAAAAAUUUUCAACAAAACCUUUCUUAUCCACUCUGAUUAUGGAAGAUGUAGAUAUUACUUUAUGUUCACCACAAUGUGGUAUAAAUAAUAUUCCUUCAUUCAUUAAUGAUGUCGGUAAAGGUGUACCUUUAAAUACGCAAUAUUCUAUUUUAUUCCCAAUGAAUUUUGAUGGGAAGUUUAGUGAAGUUAGAUGGCAUUUAAGAGAUUACCCAUUACCUUUUAUUAAUAUUCCUGCUGUUUUACCAACUCAGGAUACUGAUUCAGAAGCUUUUAGAAUCUCAGGGGAUAUUAUGUUUACUGAAGAUAUGAUACAAUCAGAACAUGAAUUAAGAACCUUAUUUGUUCCACUAGUUCCUUCUAUCAUUAGGGAAAAUCGUGAUAAUUAUUAUUCUUUACUAGUACCAAGGACUUUGACCACUUUAAAGAUUUUUACUACUUUACGCUUUGAUGUUAAUUCACCAGAGACCACUCAAUUAUCUUGGAGUGAGUCUUAUUCUCCAGCAAUUCAGCAAACAAUGCAAUGUUUUGAAUGUGUCUCAAAACCACCGAUUGAUCCUUCCAAAAAAACUGGGUUUUGGGAUAAAAUUCGUUACAUGUUUCAUGCGAGAAUCUUUACUAAGUGGAAUAAUGGUGGCAAAUUCGAUGUUUGUUUAAAAGGUGCUAAAAAUCCUUAUAAACUAGGUGGAAAAUCUGCAGGUUUUAUUUUAGGUUUUGAAGAUAAUGUAACUUUGAGUAUUAAUACUGAAAAUAAUCCAAAAGAAUUCAUAUCUUGUAAAGCAGAUAUUGUCCGUUGGUGUAUCCCCAAUUAUUUUGCACAACCUUUAUUAGUAUGGUCCAGACCAAGUAAUCAAAGUGUUUUUAUCCCAAAUCAAUCAAUAACAAAUUUACAAGAUUAUGUAUCAUAUUAUUACUUGCUUGAUUUAGAAUAUUCUAAUAAUCUUCAAGAAGAAAUUAAUGACAUGCAAACUUCAUUUAUUGAAAAGACUGCAAUUAAAUUAUCUGGUGGUAUGGCCCUAAAUAUUGGUCUUACUUUUGAAAGAUUAGAUGGUAAAUCUGGUCGUACUUUUGAAUUUUCGCCACAUUACUUGACUCGUCUUACUAACCCAAUUUACGUUCCUAAUCUACAGAAGCAUGAUUCUUACGUAGGUUUUAGAAGUCAUUUUAUUCAUUUAUCUUUUGCUCUUUUGUCAAGAUCAGAAACAGCUUAUAACGCCUUACGUUUAACUCCAAGCGCUUUACAAACAUUUUUAGAAUGGUGGAAACAAUUUUCAGGAAACAUCCCUGUUAGAAGAGGUAGCUUCUUUAAUACUCAGUCAUUAAGCCCCAAAUUUGGAAGAUCAUUAGCAACGAUAUCUUAUCAUGCAGAUGUUUCUCCUUUAUAUAUUUCACAUAUCCAUAGUAAUGUUGAUGCUGAUCGUAUUCUAAAGAAAACAAUAUUUGAAUAUGUAGAAUUUGCUGGUGUUAAAGCAAAAGUUUCACAAUUUGUCAUGGAUUUGCAUCAAAGAAAGGAAUUAAUUCCUUCUUUUAAUAAAGAAUUAGGUAUAAAGAAAAAUAUUCUUAAGAUGAAAUUCUUUGAAGGUGAUAUUAGUUUGCAAACUAUUGAUGUGAGAGCAUUAUUUGGCCAUUUUAAGGAACCAGAUUUUCGUAAAGUUCAACCAAAGGGACAUUUUGACAUAUUUGACAAUGAUAUGUCAUGGUAUGAUAGAUCAGAUUUUAAAGAAGCAUUUUUCAUUGAAUUUGAUAAAUAUAUUCCAAAUAUUAGUAUGAGACCCUUAGCAUUUUCACCUCAUUUCUUAUAUCAAAAGAGAGCAAGUUACGGUGAUAUUUAUCAAUUGCAUCCUAAGACUCUAGAACCUAUCGUUCCCUUUAAUACUCACAUAUCCUAUGGCUGCAUCCUUGGAAACCAUAGACAUACCGCCAAGAAUGUUGUUGAUAAGAGAUAUGAAUAUCUGUUAAAAUCAAAAGAAAAUCUUAAGAAAUCUUUGAAAGCUGGCUCAACAUCUUAUACCCAUAAUAAAAAUAAAUUAAUGCAUGAUACUAACGCAGCAGUUAAAAAUAUUAAGAAAUUAAAAGACGAUUUGUUAACACUUCAAAAACAACGAACUAAUCCUGAUGAAGAGCUAGAAUAUAAUUUUAAAAGUAUUGGUUCAAUUCAUUCUGUAACCAGUAGUAUCUCGAAAUUUCAAAAUCGUUAUUUUAUAUUCAAUAUACUUUUAAAAUGGAAUGAAGAAGUUAGAGAUAUUGUUUACAAGUAUCUUUUAUUUUUCACUUUAAGAAGAAAUUUCUACUCAUUAGGAUCUUAUAAAUCAUUAAAGAUAUUUGAUGAUAUGAUUAAGCAAUUCACACAAACUAGUGAAAUAAGCAAAAAAUAUUCAGCUAGUGAUAAAGAAAAAUCAAGUAGUGACAUUUUAUAUGAACGCACUUCACCUCCAGAAAUGAAUGAAGCUCUUAAAAAAAUAUUUGAAGAAGGUAUAUAUGAUUUUUUCGAUACAGAUUCAUUUGCUAUACAUGAAAAUUCUGUUAUACAAUUUAUUGCUCCACAAAUCCAACUGAUGACCAAAACUCUUAAUAACGCUUGUGUACUAAUAAGUGCACCUGUUACCGAGAUUAAAAAGGUGGGUUUCGAAGAAGGACAACGAAAUUAUUUGUCGAAAGAAGGUGUUGUUUUAAAUCGAAGUGCUAUAUAUUUAGAAAAAGUGAACGUUUUUUUGUUUCACCAGGAUACAAAUGAAGACUAUUUCGAGUUAUUUUUUGAUCCAAAUCCAUACGGCCAUCAUGGUGUUAAAAACUGGCCACCUUGGUUAGGAGUAGAAUUAUGUCUUGAACCUUCUCCAUUAGAAACGUGUGCGAUUGUUAAGAGUUUAUCUACUACUUUGUUUAUUGAUAAGCUUCCUAAUAAUCUAAGCUUAAGAGAUAAUAAGAAUACAAUUUUAAAGGAUAGAAUUAGAGGAUUCCUACCAAUAAUAGAAGUAAGUUCUGAUUCUCGGAGUUAUAUAUCUGGUUAUGAAAUUUUUACUAAAUUGAUAAUGCAUUCCGAAUCAUAUAAUCUGGAGGUAAAAAAGAGAAUUGCAAAAUUAGCAAUUGGUUAUGACUAUGGAGAUUUUGGUCAUUUGUUAAAUACUGCUCUACAAUUACAAAGUAAUGUAUUUUUGUUACGCGGAAUUAAAGAUGAAUUUUUAUUCAAGCAGAAACUAUUAGAUGAUGUUGGUAAGGUUGAUUUGGUAAAUAUUCAUAAUGAGCAAAUGUUCCACUUACUACGUUUAUACAUGUUAAUGAAAGUAUUUAGGAUAAAAUGCAGAGAAAUCAAAAGUAAUGUACGUUGUACAAUAUGGAACAUAAAAUCUAAGAAGUUAAAUUUGCAUAUGUUUGAAAAUGAUGGCUCACCAUUUUUAGAUGUCGAUGUAACAAAUAUUCUGUUUAAUGGUAUCACAUACUCAUCGGGUUCGACGAAAAAUACUCUUUCAGUUGGUUCAGUAACCGUAACUGAUUUAGGGAAAGAUGUUACAUAUCAUGAUAUUGUUCGCCCUUAUUUCCCAAGUAGUAGCGUUGAAAAAUCAGCAGGAACUCCAGUUCUAGAGAUAAAAUGGAAUAUUGGGGAACCUGUUGGUGGUAUUAAGGUUGUUCAGCACGCAGAAACAUUUUUAGAAGGACUAUCUAUACAAUUUGAUGAAGAGAGAAUACAUGAAAUAUUUAAAUGGGUUUAUCCUGAUGAGAUUGAAAAGUUAAAGAACGAUGAUACAAAGCAUAGUAUACAUAAUAUGCAUCGUAAUGAUACUGAUGUCGAAUCAUUUGACACAGAUAUUGCAGUAUCUAUAGAAACUAAUGAUGAAUUAAAUGAAAUGUUAAUGAGAUCAAAAGACUAUAUGAUUAUAGAAAAAAUGGUUUUGAAUAAAUUUACACUUUGUGUGAGUUACAAGGGUAAAGGUAAAAAGAGGUUGGGGAAUGUGACUGAUUUUGUGUUCAAGUUUCCUCAACUGAAUUUUGACCAUAAGGCACUGAAAAUGUUAGAUAUUCUACUACUUGUGAAGAAAUAUUUUAUAAAAGCUCUUUUACAUCAAAGUGCCAAGCUAUUAGAAACUAAAUUUAUCAAGCAUCCUCAUUCACAUGAUAAUAGGCCAGACAUUAGUUCUCCGUUAAAAUUUGUUAAGGACCAUAUAGGUUCUUCGCAUAACACAGACAAAUAA